GACGACGACAACGACGGCAAUUCCACCACCCACCCUUUCGUCUCUCCCCCCCGUCCAGGUUGCUAAACAGCGCGCCAAAUACACACACACAACGAAAACAUGUCCGACAACGGGGAAGUUGAGGUCGAAAGCCCCACGGGGUACCAAGUCCUGCCCAAGGAGGUUGCCGCUGAAAUCGGCAGUAUCAAGCUCUUCAACAAAUGGAGCUAUGAGGAUAUCGAGGUCCGGGAUAUGUCUUUGACCGAUUACAUCCAAAUCCGCCAACCUGUCUACAUCUCUCAUUCAGCCGGUCGAUAUGCUGUGAAGCGAUUCCGAAAAGCCCAAUGCCCCAUCAUUGAACGUCUCACCAACUCCCUGAUGAUGAAUGGCCGUAACAACGGAAAGAAGCUCAUGGCCGUCCGCAUCGUUGCCCACAGUUUCGAAAUCAUCCACAUCAUGACCGACCAAAACCCCAUCCAAGUCGCCGUUGACGCCAUCGUCAACUGCGGGCCCCGAGAAGACAGCACCAGAAUUGGCUCCGCCGGUACCGUCCGCCGCCAGGCCGUCGAUGUCUCCCCUCUCCGCCGCGUCAACCAAGCCAUCGCCCUCCUGACGAUUGGUGCUCGUGAGGCCGCUUUCCGCAAUGUCAAGAGCAUCGCUGAAUGCCUUGCUGAAGAGUUGAUCAACGCUGCCAAGGGAAGCUCAAACUCAUACGCUAUUAAGAAGAAGGACGAGCUAGAACGUGUGGCCAAAAGCAAUCGGUAAUCGAUUGCAAUUAGUGGUGGGUGUUGUUGUGUGGGGUGUGCGGUGUGCGGGGGUUUGGUCAUUUCUCCUGUUAUGUAUGUGUGCGUGUGCAUUUAUUGCCAUAAUCUGCGGUGUUCGGUGGAUUCCAUUUCUCACGUUCAUCUGCGAUUUUUUUAACACAAAACAAAAGAAUCAAAAGAACCCAAAUUUAUAUCUGGACUGGGUGUGUUAAAGGACAGCAAUAAUCCACUUACGGGACAAUAUCCUUUUUUUUUUUUUUGCCUUCCUUUUCCUUCUACGUAGUUGAAUGAAUUAUGAAGAAUUUUCUUUCUUUUGUCAUUUGAAAAGGACAAGAUACUUUGUCGGUUUCCAAAUUGACCUGCUUUUUCGCUCCUAACCGGUAGGAUCUGGCUGUGAUCCUUGACGAGGAUUCUGACAGGCAAAAUGAUAAUGAACAACAAAUCAACACCAAAGGAAGCUAACUUGUCAAAGGAUGGGGAACUGAAAGAAAU